CCAACACCUCCAUCCGAUGAAGUAGAAAAAUGCAUAUUUCUCGCUAUCGGGGACAUGCUUUGUUGGUGAGACGACCGGAACCAGCUUCGCCGGGGGGUGUUAUUGUUACACUCAUUGAAGUACCGAGGGAUCCGUCAUUAUAAAACUCUCGAAGAUGGCCCUAUAUCCAGAAUACCGUAGACAGCAACUCUUGAUCUCAUACUCAUACUCGUUGAAGUUAGGGUAAAGCAAGUAAAAACAUGCCAGAAAGUCCUGGAGUCGUGCGUCCUGGAGAUGCUGACCUUGGUGCAAACAAGACCAACAUGGUUACAUCAAAUGGUGGUGAAGCUGGUGGAAAUACCACUACUACGAGUGCUACGAUUCUAGGUGGUCUCAACGUUCCACAUCGAUGUAUAAGUCAGAAUCGAGCAAAGGAAUUGGUGUCAACUGCGACAAACCUUUUGGCAGGAGGUCGUGGAAUUUUGGCUGUCGAUGAGCCACCUUUCAGGAUGGAACAACGACUGGGAGCUGUUGGGGUAUUUGGGUUUUCGUUACUUUUUGAAUUUGAUUUUGAAUGAAAGGAUGAGGGAUUAAAUAUACUUAAUACUACAGUGAACUAAAAAUAGUUGUUAAAUCUAUACCUUUGGGAUCAUUUUUUGGCGGUCGUUGUAAUUGACCUUCUUGUGAUCUUUCUUCAAAACCAUAAUCGAUUCCAAUGAUGACUUCCAACGCUCAAUUACAAUCACUUCGCAGGUAACCAACACUCCCGAGAACCGACUUGCUUGGAGAGAGACGAUGUUUAAAACUCCGGAACUGGGACAGUAUAUUUCAGGCGUAAUCCUACACGAAGAGACAUUGUAUCAAGAGAUAGACGGUCUGCCGAUACCGAAUUUUCUCCGGGAGAAGGCUCAGAUUAUAUUAUGGCAACGUGUUUAUCCUUAAGAUACGAGGUGUAUGCUUGGUGCUUAACCUUAAGUUACAACAAGUUACAACAAGUAGAGCUAGAGGGCUUACUUAGUAUCUAUUAAUAAUACAUAGGUUCAUUUGCACUCGAACAAUUCGUAUUCGUGUCGGGUGAACUGAAUCAUCUUGUUUGCUGGUAGUGGUCGCUAUGUAUCGCACACUUGACAGACAGACCUCUCUCAACAUUUCUCUGGUGUUAUAGUUUCUUUGAGUUUCUAAAUCUAAGGUUUAAGGUUGAUAUUAACUAAGGUUACGAAGUUGUACCACUACGCAUGAAAACUUCAACUCCUCUAAUGCCUCCCGGCAUCAAAGUUGAUGGUGGUGUUCUAGAAAAUGCAGGUCCCGAUGGCGAGAAGUCCACUGCUGGCCUGGACUCUUUACAGACCCGUUGUGAGGCUUUCUACAAUGCUGGUGCGCGCUUCACUAAGUGGAGAUGUGUUUUGGAAAUCAAAGCCAGGACUAAUGGAGAUGGUACAUCUUCCUAUGAAAUGCCGUCAGCGUGGUCACUCAACAACACAGCUUGGCUCUUGGCGAGAUAUGCGGCUAUUUCUUAUGAUGCAGCAGAGACAUACUCUUAUUCAUAUACUAAUAAGUGGUGGAAUAGGAAUAUGUUGUCGUCUUAUAACCCUCUAGUAUGCGACCUGUGCUUCUAGUUCUACAACGAUCACGAAUCAUACUUCUCUAAACAGCUUUCGCUGUUUUCCAGGCUUAGCUAGCUAUGCAUACACGACUUCUCCACCGUGCAAUAAUUGUGAUCCUCCUGCUCUAAUUCCAACAAGCUGCUGGCUUAGUGCCCAUUGUCGAACCUGAAGUGAUCCCUGAUGGCACGCAUGGGAUAGAGAUUUGCGCCCAAGCCACCGAACUCGCACUGGCCGCUACGUUUGCGGGUCUCGCGAAACACGGUGUCUUGUUGGAAGGGUGCCUGCUUAAGCCCAAUAUGGUCACGCCGGGCGCGGCUGCACCGGGGAAGGAGUUAUGGUGUUCGUUUUUGAUGUAUUUUCAGCAGAUGGUCGUGUGACAGUGAUUUCAGUUUUACUAAAAGUAGGUAGAGCUGGAGGUCGGUAGAUGAAGCAGAGCAGAUCACAAAGAUAUUGGAAUUGGCCGUUCGCCGUGGUUCAUUAGUAUCUAUGAGAUAUUAAAAAGGCUUCUUCCCACCAACUUGAUGUUGAUUCUAACACAAGGAGCGAGCAACUCGGGUUUCAAAAGUGCCUCUGCUAGCGAAGUAGCUGGCCUGACCUUGCGCACUCUGUCCCGCACGGUCCCGCCAGCACUUGCAGGCGUCGUUUUCCUCAGUGGAGGCCAGAGUGAGGAAGACGCAUCAAAAAACCUCAGUAAGAUGAAUUCGACGAAAACAACCCGUCAUCCCUGGACUCUUACGUUCUCCUAUGGCAGGGCAAUGCAGGCGACGGCACUGAAGAAGUGGGGAGAAAGUUCUAAGCCAGAUGAAGCACAAGGGAUUCUCCUGGCGAGAGCAAAGUCCCAUAACGCAGCUGCAUUGGGACGAUUCGGGGAUGAUGAAAGCAAGGAGCAAAGCUCUUCCGAGUCCUUGUUCGUCAGUGGGUAUACGUACUAACUAGCUCACUAGCGCAACUACUUGUAGUGAAGUAGCUGUGGCACCGGUGAGUUCUUCUGAGAAGUGUCGGGCUCACUUGAACACGUAGCACUAGCAGGCUUUCUGUAAGUGAAGUAGCACCAGUACUUGUUAGAAGUGUUGUUCUCACUUGGCCAAGUAGCAGGUCUUCUGUCCUCGUGCUCGCAUGAUCGUGGAGUAUCCACAAUCAUCUUUGAACUCAAAAGAGUUUUUGAAAUUACGACGGCUCUAUUCAUUGUUGCCUCAACAUCAAGAUCGAUAUCGAAAGCACGCAAUGGUUGGAU